AUGGCUUAUAUUGCCAGGUUAUACCGCCCUAGAGUUAUCCUAGCCUUGGAUUCGCUAAAUGACUUAGACUUCCAAGUCCUAGACCAGCUCUUACCGCCUCUUGAUUUGGUCUUUUGCGGGGACUUUAAUGCCUAUAACCUGUGGUGGGACCCCCUAUAUAAGGCACGUGAUAAAGAAGGCAAUACGCUAGUAGACUGGAUCAACUACUAUGAUUUAGCCCUCUUAAAUACCCCUAGUAUUAGCACCUUCUAUUAUCCGCAUAUGGCUAGGCCGAUAAAUAUCGACCUUACGCUAGCGCAUCGAUCUAUAGCCAAUCAUAUUUAG